AUGGCCGAAGCCGGGCCCUCCACCCCGCGAAAAUCGCCGCCGCGCACAUCCCACACGCCCGAGUCGCAGCAGCCCAUCGCGAGCUCCUCGGCCAUCCGGCUCGACUCCGAGCCUCCCAAACCGCGCCCAAAGAAGAAAAAGAAGAAGAAGCCCGCCCGGCGCUCAAACUCCAAUUCGAACACAAACGGAAGCGGCGGUGGCGAGACGGCCAUGGCGUCGCUCGAGUCGUUCCUCGACCGCCGCGAGUCGCGGAUUGAGCAUCUCAAGUCCGAGUCGAACAGGCUGAGCUCCGAGGCGGCGAGGCUGGAUAAACAAAGGCUGCAGAUUGAGCGCGAGGCGGCGCGGCUCGAGCAGGCGGGCGCGAAGAUGUGCCAGGACGCGCUGGCGAAGAUCGUCGCCGUUGGCGGGGACCCGUCGAACUUAGACCCGAACGCUGUACCGGAGGGCCUGCUCGGGCUGCAGCGCGAUACGCAGAGGAUCGAGGUGUCGCUGCGGACGUGGGAGGCGGCGUAUAAGCGCCUGGAGAAGGACGCGCACGAGAUUGAGUUGGAGUUGAAGCAGUUGGAUGAGGAGAGGAGGGCGGUUAUGUAUGCCGUUGAAGAGGGUUAG